UGGAGUUUAUGCGAACGUUUCAGCCUGUUAGUGUCUGUUUAGUUGUUGAUUUGUUAUAAAGUGUCGGCUAAUGAUAAUCCAGUUUCUUUAAUUUUCUUCUAAUCUGAGGGUUAAGUGACAAGAUUGUAUUCUUUGUUGAUUAUGCAGUGACAUUGAAGACAAAUAGGUAGAAUGCAGGAGAGUCAUAAAUCUUUCAUGAUUAAAGAUUUGCUGGGUGAUGUCUUAACAAAUUCUGCACAAGAUUUUGAUCUGGACUCAGAACCUUCUUCCAUUGACGAGCAGCAUACCACUAUCAAUCAUGAUAUUUUACCCGACGAUUCGAAUUACAUUCGAUUGCAGGAUCCGAAUGAUUCUUGUGAUCUGGUAAAAUCUCGAAAACCUCGUCGAAGAAGAACAGCAUUUACUCAUGCACAGUUAGCAUUUUUGGAAAGAAAAUUUCGGUGCCAAAAAUACUUAUCGGUAGCAGAUAGAAGUGACGUGGCUGAUGCCCUAAAUCUCAGCGAAACCCAGGUUAAAACUUGGUAUCAAAACAGACGAACCAAAUGGAAGAGACAAAAUCAACUGCGUCUUGAACAGUUGCGGCAUCAAGCCUCAGUCGAGAAAGAAAUGAUGAACGUAUCAAACUUACGGAAAUCUUCAGAUCAGCAAAUGUGCUGUCCUUCAAAUUUACCGGUUCGCUACGGUGCUCAAAGUCCCUGCACUUUCUUAAGUACCGCAGCAGCAGCUAUUUUUCAUAACGUAACUUACGUUCAUGGAUGCCAGUUGUAAUUAUUUGUUUUAUAGAAUGAAUUCAUUCCAAUUGUUGAGUUCAUGGUUGUUACACAUCAGUACGUUAAUCAAAUGAAACUGUGAAUGCACUUUGUAUUUUCAAAUGAACAAUUGUUGCAAUGCUAUGAUUGAUUUGAUGCUGUUCUUCUGUCGACCAAUUAGUUAAAACACAUGCAUUCUGCAUUGAAUACCACUAGUUCAAUCCAGUAAAAUAAUUGCAUUGUUCGAGCUAUUAACAUGCAAUAUGUAUUUAUUUUGGAGUGACCAUUUACGAUAUGGAUGCAAAACUUUCCAAAAGAACAAUUUUUUGUACAUUCUAUCAACUGAAUAAUCUAAAAAUCAACUUAGGUUUGAAUGCAAAAUAGCACUGAUUAUCUUUCAAUGUUCAAAUAGUGUUUCGCCUGUCAAAUGAUCCAACUAAUAAAACCGUAGUUAAUAUUUUACAAGAACAUACACAGGUUGCGCCACAGAAAAUGUUAAAGAUGACUUAUUUUGCAACACGCUGAAAAAUAGUAGAAUUUGUAGAAACAUUU